UGGAAAGAACAAGUUCGGUGUGAAAUUAAGAAUUAGAAGGCAGAAGUGAGAAGUGGGGACGUGGCUACUGAUCACUCCAAACUCUGCACCCAACCCUACUACUACUAUAGCUCGGUUUCGUCAGAAUGUAUCGAUCGCCGGCCAGAAGGCUACUGCCGGCGUUGUGCCGGUCCGCCGGUCACUAUGCAGGCCAACCAUCUCCUAUUCGCUGCUCAGCUCCAAUCAUUCAUUCCGCGGCGUUUUCGCCCUCCGCUGCCUCUGACAAACCUCUAAAUCACAAGCCGCACCAGUUCGGCUCUUCCAGUUCGUCGUCAUCUAGUGAAGGGGGGAAGCCUAGAGCCACGGCUCGCCCCAAAGCUCACUGGCAGGAAGAACAGGCGCGUGUUCUUCAGGCCUCCCUCCGCCACGUGAUUAGAUUAGGAUGGGGUGAGGCCUCCAUGAUCGCUGGAGCAAGGGAGGUUGGUGUAUCUCCAUCUAUUGUUGGAUCUUUUCCUCGAAAAGAAGCUGCACUUGUAGAGUUUUUCAUGGAUGAUUGUCUGCAAAGGUUGAUUGACAUAAUUGACAUGAAAGAGGAUUUGAAAAGCUUAAUUCCUAGUCAGCGUGUGGCCAAGCUUGUCAGAAUUCGAUUAGAAAUGCAGGCUCCCUACAUUUCAAAGUGGCCCCAAGCACUUAGCAUACAGGCGCAACCUUUGAAUAUUUCAACAAGCUUCAAGCAAAGAGCAAUGCUUGUUGAUGAAAUUUGGCAUGCUGCUGGUGAUGAGGCCACUGAUAUGGAUUGGUAUGUGAAGCGCACAGUCCUUGGUGGAAUAUACUCUACAUCUGAACUAUACAUGCUAGCUGAUACUUCCCCAGAUUUUCAGGAUACAUGGGCAUUCUUGGAUGAAAGAGUUAGUGAUGCUUUUGAUUUACAAAAGACAGUUAAAGAGGCAAAGUAUUUGGCUGAAGCAGUGGGAGCAGGGAUGGGAGGUUCUGUGCAAGGACUUGUGAAGAGACUUUUUCAGGGUUGAAUAUUUGGAAGGAUAAUAAUAAGAAGUUUAUUGCUGUUGUAUUUUUUACCUUCUUUUUUAGUUGGUCAAAUAGUGGAAUAUCAAGUUCUUUUUGUUUUCUGAUACAAGAAUUCUCCUCUUCCAUUUGAAGGGGGUUCAUUGUACAUAUCAAUAAGAAUAUCUGCAAAGACACCUAUUCGACUCUGGAAAAGGUCGAUUUCUGAUAGGUUUA